GAAAAAGAGGUUUCAUUUCAUCGGCAAAAACGGGAGUGGAGUGACGGUGUGGAUGGAGCAAAACGGCGUCGUAAGGUUUCGGCACCGUCGCUCGCCGUCCUCCGAUCGAUUUCUCGGCGUAUUCUCUCCCCCUCAAACUGAUAGCGCUAUUAGCGGUGGCGAUGAGCUUAACGAAGAUGAAGUUUUCUGGACCGGACAAGACUUCACUGAACCGGCGGUUCACCGCCACUCUACUAUCUUCCGUGAACCGGAGAAAUUCGGUAUUUUAGCUGCAUUGCCUGAGGAUCACCAGACAAUUAACCGUCCAGUUGUUUACCGGAAACCUUCCAUAACUUCCUCACCUACUGGUACAAAGCUGUUUCAUUCACCGCCGAUUUCGUCUUCGCCUUCACCAGCGAUGCCUUUUUCGCGAGCUAUUCCCAAGCCUCCAUUGGAUAGAGAACGUGGCUAUAACCGUAAUUAUUCACAGACAAUGCCGGCGAGGAAGUUCCAACACUCGGCGCCAGUGAAUGUGCCGAUGAUGCCGAAGAAGGCGCCGAGAAGAGGUGAGAUGGUUGAUGUGGAAAUCGAUGAUGAUGAGGAGGGAGAUGAUGAGAUGCUUCCGCCACAUGAGAUUGUAGCUAGAGGAGGAUCAUCUAGAUCACCUAAAACCACGUUUUCUGUGCUCGAAGGCGUGGGAAGAACACUCAAAGGGAGAGAUCUUCGUCGAGUUCGCAAUGCCGUUUUCCGCCAAACAGGUUUUCUAGAUUGAUACAUCUGAACGAGUUAUACAUAUUGUUAAAAGUAUCUGGACUGAGGUGAAUUUUUCUAGCCAACUUUCAGUCAUGGAGUCCAUCACUUAGUUAAUAUUAUACAAUGGAGAUAGUCCUAUAUGCUUUUUCAUCAGUUUAUGGGGUUUUCCUGUAUUAAUGGGAAUUGAAAAUAUUAUUCUUGGAAAUUUUGGUGUACAUUUUGGGCAAUGGAGAUCAAGAGAAUUUAAAUGGAAGAUAGUUUUGUUAGAUUGUUA